GUUGCGCUCCACGGACUCGACAACCUCACUCCACGCCCGCCAAGCUGAAGUUGGCCGCGCCCUCGUCUGCGCCCUCACCGCCCUUCACCUGCUCAAAAUAAACGACAAGAAAAAAGCGCCUGUCCACCCCCAUUCGGCCCCCGAUGCCUUCGCCGGCGAUUCUGCACCGGUAGCGCUUCACCUUCCACAGCCCUCCAGAACCCGCCCAGCCUGCUCACCCGCCACGCCCGAAAACUCUCUCUCGCGCCGCCCCUCGAGCCAUGGCGUCGAGCCUGCAGCAGAUGGCCGUGACCAUCACGGAGCGCUCCAAGACGCUCAUCAACAACGACCUCAAGAAGAUCCUGAAAGAGGAGGGCACUUCGCAGACGGGCAACAAGGCUGCACUGCAAGCUCGCGUCAUUGGCCUAAUCACCAAUGCCGUCGCUAGAAGCGACGCCGAGCAAUUGCGCCGGCUGCAGUAUCGCGUCCAGCACCACGGCGAAGCGCCUCCUCCAGCGACAGCCAGUCCCGCAGCCCCUUCGUACUCGCAGCCUGCCCCGCCCCUCGCAAACGGCUACACCAUGGCUACCGGUUACCAGUCCAACGGUGCAUACCAGUCGUACCCGCAGCAGCCCCAUCAGCCCCCGGCGCCGCCUCGCCCCACGUACUUUUUCAAAGACAGCCCCUUCUUCGAGAUCCGCGAGCUCAUUCUGACCAACAUGACGCUAGACGCCUCACCCACGCACCGAGCCACGCUCUCACGAAAUUUUACCCUGAACGAGGCCCAGACAGCACGCUUAAAGGCCGAGCCGUCCUUGCGACUGCUGCUCUUCUCCGCGCUCGAGCAGCCACUGGCUCCCUACUCACGCCUUGAUGUCGCAUUCCCCUCACAAAUCGAGGUCAAGGUCAACGACGACGAAGUAAAAGCAAACUACAAGGGCCUCAAGAAUAAGCCUGGUUCGACGCGUCCCGCCGACAUUACCGAUUUUGUCCGCACAAAGGUCGCCAACCAGCGCAACAGCCUCCUCAUCACCUACGCCCUGACCCAGAAGAAAUACAACCUGUUCAUUUACUUGGUUAGAAAGUUUUCGGUCGAAGAAUUGACCCGGCGCAUCAAACAACGCAAUGUCAUCACAAGGGAGUCUGUGCUAAGUGAGAUGGUGAAGAAGGCCAACGACCCUGACAUCGAAGUCGGAUCUACCGUCAUGUCGCUAAAAGACCCCAUCUCCACGCUGCGCAUCGCCACUCCCUGUAGGUCGACCGUGUGCACGCACAACCAAUGCUUCGACGCCGAAUCUUUCCUCCAGCUUCAGGAGCAAGCGCCGACAUGGACCUGUCCGAUUUGCAGCAAGACGAUAUCGUUUGAAGCACUGGCCGUCGACCAGUAUGUCGAAGACAUCUUGAACAAGGCACGCAACACCGACCAAGUCACUAUCCAGCCAAGUGGCGAGUGGUCGACGGAAAAGGACGUGAAGCCCCAACACAAUAGCCAUGACGACGACAGCGACGAUGACCUCGUCGAAAUCACUGACUACCGCGUCCAGGCCAUCAAGAGCGAAGCCGCACCAACGCCCACCUCGCUCAGCACACCUCCACUGCCCUCUCGAGAAGCAUCCAUGGCCCCUCGCACUGGCCAGAAGCGGACAUCGGAAGUGGUAGACUUGACGUUGAGCGAUGAUGACGAGCCAGUGAGGCCUGCUAAAAAGGUAGCGUAUACUACUACCCCCAACAGCCUCCCUGAUGCGUCACGUCGGUACCAGUUACCACCUGUGGGGACCCAUGGUCGCGCGCCGCCUCCUCCGCCGCCACCAACGUACCAGAAUAGCUCUUCCAAUACGCGUUCGGAAUACUCUCGGCCUCCAUCUACGCCUCCGCCGCGCCAUACUUACCAUGCCUAUCGGCCGGCGCAGCCUUCGCGGUCUGGGUAUCCCGGGCAGGGUACCUCGGCGUAUCCCACACAUAUUGGCUCUUCCUCACCCUGAAAAUACAUGUUGGGCUGUUUAGUUGUGCAUUCUCAUUGAUGUAUGAGUAUUUUGUUCUUGGGCUAACACGUCUUCGGCCUCACAGAGCAGAACCAGAUGAAGUAGUACAGGCGUCGCCCUCCCCAGCCGCCUCAUUGCGCGCGAGACGUGUGCGGGUGUACGGAGCGAAUUUUUCUGCAUCUCCUUCAUGAUUUGACAUGGGGAUUUAGCGCGCGGCGUUUGGAGGGCAACAUCUCAUGAUGAUCUAUCUGCUUACAGCGUACCAAAGGAUUGGUAGACAUUGGAAGAUACCACGGCAUUGGAGGAUUGCAUGCAUCUCGAUGGCUUUUGUAAGCGAGUUCUGCGGACGAUGAAGAGAAAUGGGAAUUGCGUGUACAAAAGAUUUGGUCAAGCGGCGAGAUAAGGAGGUGCACCAGAAAGGGGUAAUGUGUGUAGUAGUGAUCCCUUUGGGCUCUGGUAAUAACGAAGCCUGAACGCG